UUGCAAAGGUGAAAGCUUACUAGGUGAAAUUAGCGGUCCAAGGACCUUCCCAAGCCCUUUGUGUCUUGAAGGGAGCUGCCUGCUUUGGAUGCAAAAUCCUUCUUGCUGCUGCAUCUCAUUCCCAUGAAUCCCUAUGCCGAAAUCGCGGGAGCGCCUGUGCUACUUCCUUCAGCGAGAAACGCGAUUUCGAUGUAAAUGUGAAGGGAAUGUUUAUCGUUUUUGAAUAAAAGAGAAGUCCAGCGUGUGCUUAAGCAUACUGUGGAGGAAAGGCCAUCGGGAGUAAAAGGGCAACUCUCGAAUUUCCAGGAAACACAGGGAGUUGUCGCCACCUGAGCUGAGUUUUGUGAAGAGUUGGGGGGAUUGGGAAACGCUCCGAGUGCAGUAUUUGAGGUUUCAGAAAGAAGCUGAGCGGCAGACCAACCCAGAGUCUCGUCGCUUCAGAUUCGGACAGAAAUAGCUGGAUGGCGUGCCGGGAAUUUUUGUAUUUUCCCCUUUUUUUCCGGGCUAAGAAACACAACCAUGAAGGAGAGUCGAGUGGUUGUAAGAGACAGAGAAGGCGGGUUGCCCAGCGCACCAAUCACAGCACGGCUCCCUUGUCUAUAUAUAGUCCCAGGCCCAGGAGUCUCGGCUAUAGAGACCGUGGUGGUCUGUCUUCCCCUGCUUUUCUGAUUUUGAGGCAGUCAGAGCAGAAAGCCAUGUCCGAGACAGCCCCCGCUGCCCCGGUUGCUCCGGCUCCCGCGCCAGCUGAGAAGACCCCGGUGAAGAAGAAGGCCAAGCGGGCUGCGGGAUCCGGCGGAGCCCGGCGUAAGGCCGCUGGUCCCCCAGUCUCCGAGCUGAUCACUAAGGCGGUGGAAGCCUCCAAAGAGCGCAGCGGCGUGUCCCUGGCCGCCCUGAAAAAGGCGCUGGCGGCCGCCGGCUACGACGUGGAGAAGAACAACAGUCGCAUCAAGCUGGGGCUCAAGAGCUUGGUGAGCAAAGGCACUUUAGUGCAGACCAAAGGCACCGGCGCUUCCGGUUCCUUCAAGCUCAACAAGAAGGCUUCUGCCGGCGACGGGAAAGCCAAGGGCAAGAAGGCUGCUGCGGCCAAGACCAAGAAGCCUGCUAACGCUGCGGCCAAGAAGACGAAGAAGGCGGCUGGGGCGGCAGGUGCCAAGAAGAGCGUGAAGAAGACUCCCAAGAAACUAAAGAAACCGACUGCGGUGGGAGCCAAGAAGGCGACCAAGAGCCCCAAGAAGACCAAGGCCGCGAAGCCGAAGAAAGUGGCCAAGAGCCCUGCUAAGGCCAAGCUCGUGAAGCCCAAGGGGGCAAAGCCGAAGGCAGCUAAGCCCAAGAAGGCAGCGCCAAAGAAAAAAUGAGUCAAGGUUGCUACGGGAAA